AUGGCAUUUAAAACGGGCAAGCGACUCAUAGUAUGCUGCGACGGGACCUGGGAGGACGCAACAGCAGAUUCCGAUCAACCGCCCUCUAACGUCACUCGCAUCUCCCGAGCCUUGAGCCGGACAGCUAUUGUCGAGGAAGAUGGCCAAACACGAGAGAUUCCGCAAAUCGUGUACUAUCAAAAAGGCGUAGGGACGGGGAUUGGAGACAAGUAUUUCGGAGGAGUUACAGGCAUUGGACUCAGUGCCAAUGUACGAGCCGCUUAUGGCUUUCUUGCCGAAAAUUACAAUGAAGGUGAUAAAAUAUACUUCUUCGGAUUCUCGCGCGGUGCGUAUACAGCUCGAGCCAUCGCCGGAAUAGUCUGUCAGCUGGGACUUUUGACACCACGGGGGAUGGACAAUUUUACCAACGUGUAUAACGACUUCUACAGCAGAAAAGUAGAUGAAUAUAGUCCUGAGAAACGCCGGCAGCUCGGGUUUCGAGACCCGCUGCCACGCUUUACAGUCGAGAUUGUAGGCGUUUGGGACACGGUUGGUUUUCAUAAAAGCUGGCUCGGUCGAUUUUUGGGGGAAAAGCUUGAGUUUCACAACACAAUUCUUUCUAGGGAAGUCAAAUACGCCUUCCAUGCCUUGGCCCUCGAUGAGAAUCGUACCGCAUAUCAACCAACGCUCUGGCAUAGCCCCGAUAACGCAGAGGGCCAGGAGCUUCUACAGGUUUGGUUUUCCGGGGUGCAUACAGAUAUCGGCGGAGGAGGCAACGACCCGCGUCUUUCAAACAUUGCCCUAGCAUGGAUGGUCGCGCAGUGCACAAAGUACAAUCAACUUAGCUUUGACGUAGAGGGGUACCUGUUCGAUAUACCUCCUGCUACACUUGAGACCGACGCAACACCGCUAUGGGCCACGGCUUUGGGUAAGACCCCUACGGGCGGCUUCACUCAAACUCUAGAGUCUGUCCUUGGAGGCACUUCUAAACGAACACCACUCGCAUACAAGCAACCAGGAUCCACUCCCCGUCCAACAUAUGAGAUGAUUCAUGUCUCAAUUAAGGAUCGCGGUCUCUCUUCAGCAAUUAGCGGUCCCGUUUCAUGGCCCUGCGGUGUGGUAGGAGCCCAGAAGAAGAGCGGCGAAUGGUCCCUGGUGGAUGGGAAAGAGCUCGUGGAGACAGUGCCGUUGGAGGGGGAGGUUUUCAUGAAAGGAAGGAUCCGGAUAGUGCAUGUUAAUAAGGUAGACUGA